AUGGUAAAAGUUAAGGAAUUAACUAUUGAAACUCGAUCUGCGAUUAUGACCCUUAUUAAAGAAGGCUAUUCGCAAAGAGAAAUCGCCACAAAACUGAAGAUAUCCAAAGGAGCAGUUCACAGGACCAUACGGCGUUACUCUAGUACCGGUGGUUUUAAGGAUAAACCGAGGUCAGGACGUCCUAGAGUUACGACGAAAACCGAAGAUCUGCAUAUCAUCACAAUAAGCAAGCGUUCUAGGAAGAAAACAGCACCAGAAAUACGCACCGAGAUCAAUGAUAUCCGGGAAGAACCAUUAUCUGUAUCAACGAUACAACGAAGGCUAAGGCAUGCUGGACUUUUUGGGCGCGUUGCAGUGCGGAAAUCACUUUUACGACCCCAAAACAAGAUCAAACGGUUGGGCCAAUACCCAUAA